GAAGUUUGUUCUGCUUCAGUUUAACUCAGAGUGAAGAACAGAGAGAGAGAGAUGAAAGUCUGCUGUCUGCUGCUGUCGAUCGUCCUCAGCUGCUCUGCUGCAGGCCCUCCGUGGAUCCAUCUAAACUCGGACAUCCUGCCAAAUCAAACUGAGGUGGUUCUGACUGCUGGCUCAGCCUUCACCCUCAGUUGUCAUGGUGACAGUUUAACACAGUGGUCCAGCACGGCGUUCCGUCUCCUGUAUCAGAACCCACUACCAAACCCAGUGGAGGUGAAGAAGUCGGACCCCAGACACACUGGGACUUAUAGCUGUCGGUCCACCAACCGUAGCCUAGAACACCUGGUCACCUGGAUCCACUUGUAUGUCAAAGACCCAGCUGACCCCUCCAACAUGUUCGUCACCCCCCGCAGUGUCACCCCUAAUGUCAAAGAGGGACAGGACUUCCUGUUCAGGUGUCUUCUGACUGACCCAUCUGUCACCAACCUCACCCUCCAAUUAGAGAGCAAAGUUGGCAGAGGGAGGGGCCUGCCUCAGGGGAUGAAUGUGACCUUUGACCCCAGGAGGGGAGCCCUGAUCAGAGACCUGCAGAGGUCUUUUAACGGACGCUACGUUUGUUCAGGCUGGAGUGGGGGAAGACAGUUUAAUUCAAGACAUGUCGAGCUGCUGGUGGUCCCCCGGCUUCGUCAUCCUCCCCUUCUGUCUCUCAGUCAGGUGAAGUCGAUCCGUCUUGAAGGAGAGAAGUUUGAGGUCACCUGUCUGACCAGUAACCCCACCCACUUGUACAACAUCACCUGGACACACCCCUGCAUAAAGAAACUGAACGUGACUGUCAGCCGUCUCUAUGACAACCAUCGCCUUUACAUAAACAGCACUGUGACGGUCUCACCUGUCAGUCAGACUCACAAAGGAACCUUUAUCUGUACUGCUGCCAAUGAGGCAGGAGUUGCCACGGCAACCACACACCUUAGAGUUUUGGAUCGGCCCUACCUGAAGAUCUACCUGCUACCAGUGCAACAAGCUAACACCAAGGCUAAAGCUGGCAAUGGAGAGCUGCUCACUAACAUUAGCAACACACCAAUGGAGAUGCAGGCAAAGCUAGAAGCUAACACAAGCAUCAGUUUACUGGAAGCAAAUGGGAAGCUAAUUGCUAAUGUUAGCACCAAUAGAAAAUAUGUGAAUGGAGCUAAAAGUGCUAAAGUUAGCGGUAGCAGGAUAGUUGAGGUAUAUGAAGGUCAAGACGUAAUACUAACCUUUGUGACUGAGGCGUAUCCUCCAAUCAGAAACCUACACUGGACAACGCCAACCCAAGUCAACAAAAACAACAACAACAACACAGUGUACCAGGAAAGCUACACUGUCAACAGCUACAGGUCAGAGGCAAAUUUGUUGCUGCGUCGGGUUCAUCAAGAGGAUCGAGGUCGGUACUCGUUCCACUUCUCCAACGUGUUCUUCAACGGCUCGCAGAACAUCGACCUCCAGGUUUAUCGCUCUCCGAGCGUGGCUGUCCGUCUGGAGAAUGAUUCCGUCACCUGUAGCAGCUCUGGAUAUCCACUACCCACAAUCCUCUGGUACAGCUGCCCCGGGGUCCAGGACACGUGUGGAGACGACUCCACCUAUCAGCUUCCUCCUGCUGAUGUGACCUCACAGGAGGGGGAGGAGGAGGAGCAGGUGAGGACACACCUGUCGCUCCCUCUGUCUCCUUCUGAUGAUGUCACUGUGGAGUGUGUCGCCUACAACCAGGUGGGAGAGUCUCGCCAGGUGCUGUCUGCUCGAGAACCGCCCGCUUUCUUCUCCCACGCUCUGAUUGGUGCUCUGAGCGCAGCGGCCGGUCUCCUCCUGCUCUCAUUGAUCCUCUUCUACAAAUGGAGACAGAAACCACGAUACCAGAUUCGCUGGAAGAUCAUCGAGAGCAGCAACGGGAACAACUACACCUUUGUUGACCCCACCCAGCUGCCGUACAACUACAAGUGGGAGUUUCCCCGAGAUCAACUCCGCCUUGGUCCUGUUCUGGGGUCAGGAGCGUUCGGGAAGGUUGUCGAGGCGACAGCGUACGGUCUGGGAACCGACAACAAAGUAACCCGAGUCGCCGUCAAGAUGCUGAAACCGAGUGCUCACUCAGAGGAACGGGACGCUUUAAUGUCCGAGCUGAAGAUCCUCAGUCAUCUAGGUUACCAUGACAACAUAGUCAACCUGCUGGGCGCGUGCACUCGGGGAGGUCCCAUGUUGAUGAUCACAGAGUACUGUAGCCAUGGCGACUUGCUCAACUUCCUGCGAGCUCACACUCAGGACUUCAUGGCGUCCAUUUUGAGUGUGGAUGUGGUGGAGGGCGGAGCUUUCUAUAAAAACAUGGCCGUCCAGCGGCUCAGGAGUGACAGUGGGAUCUCGUGCUGUUCAGAGUAUCUAGAGAUGCAGCCAGCUUUGAGUCCAGGAAAAACAUCCACAAGUGUGCAGAAAGACAGUUUGUCUAUUGGUGACCUCAUGAGGUUUUCCUUCCAGGUGGCUCAGGGUCUGGACUUCCUAUCCACCAGGAAUUGUAUCCAUAGAGACGUAGCGGCGAGGAACGUCCUGCUGACAGACGGUGGUAUUGCAAAGAUUUGUGACUUCGGCUUGGCAAGAGACAUCAGGAACGACGACAGCUACAUCGUUCAGGGAAACGCUCGUCUCCCGGUGAAGUGGAUGGCUCCAGAGAGUAUCUUUCAGUGUGUGUACACGGUGCAGAGCGAUGUCUGGUCAUAUGGAGUCCUACUGUGGGAGAUCUUCUCUCUGGGCAAGAGUCCGUACCCAAAUGUUGCAGUGGAUACAAACUUCUAUAAGAUGAUCCAAAAUGGCCGCCACAUGGAUCAGCCAGACUUUGCUCCUGUAGAGAUGUAUCAGCUGAUGACGCUCUGCUGGAGUCUGGAGCCUACAGACAGACCCACCUUUAAAAUGAUUGGUCAGCUCAUAGACAGGCUCCUCCCCCCGUCGUGUCAUACUGAACAGACGUACAGAAACAUCUCUGCACACAGAGAGGAAGAGGAGGAGGAGGAGGAGGUCGGAGGAGGAGACGCAUUAAAGAGAGGAGAAGAAGAGGAGAGCAACACAGAGCGCCAUGACAACGAAGAUGAUGAUGGGGCGGAGGGGUCAGGUGUGAAGAACAUCUACCAGCUGUCCUGAUCGUCCCGUCCAAUCAAAAUGUUUGUCAAAACUGUAAAACUUCAUUGAAACAGUCAGAGUGAACGAUCAGCUGCAGAGCGCAAACAAAGAUUUCAGCCAAACCCUGUUUGAUUUUUAAUAUUUAAAUGAAUUUAAUUUAACAACAAACCCUGAACAACCACUAAUUUUUAAACUUUAUUUUGAAAAUCCUGAGGAAAUGAUGUCAGUCAUAUUUCAGAUUAAAAGCCUAAGUAAAUGCAGUCGAAACAAGUUAAAGUUUGUAUUAAUAAAAUCUGUUUGAUUUAAGCAGCAUUAACCAAAAGUAUUUAUCCUGAAUCAACCAAUGAAUCAAUCAAUCAAUCGACCAAUAAAUCAAUAAAUAAACCAAUCAAUCCACCACUUCCUCUGUCCUCAUUGAUUUUGUUUGUUUAUAUUUUCCAAGUAAUUUCUUUUUUUUCAUCAUCACAGAAAUAAAAUAAAUAAACAUGA